AUGUUGAGUUCUGAAAGAAAAAUUGCUAUCAAGCUGGUUCUUCUUACCAUGUUUACUCAAUCAUUCUGGUCUGGAUUUCAAUUUCUCACGAACCAGUUUAUAUAUUAUAGGUUUCUAAAGGACGCAGGUCUACCCUACGAACCGUCUCCACAAAACAAAUCCAUUCCUGAUCAGGACAAAGAAUUGAAAGAUGAAGUUCAAAAAAGGACUGCACAUUUACUCCCCUUAUUGAGUGCUUCAUUAUUAAUUCCUGGACUUUUGUCGUCGUUUAUGAUCAGUUCACUUUCUGAUCAUUAUGGUCGACGUGUAGCGAUGGGAGUUUUGUUUGGUGGUUUAACUUCAAACAUAAUCGUUUCAUCGCUUGUGAUUUUACUUGAACUGAAUUUAUACUUAUUAGUUCUGGGAAAUUUAACGUGUGGUUUUCUUGGCGGAGGCUUGCUUACAUUUUCAGGUCAAAUUUCAGUUUGCUUUGCUGAUAUUACUAAGAUUCCUGAUGAAAAAGAGCCAUUAUUAGAUAACUCUAAAUGUCAACAAGCUUCAUUGGAACGUCGACGACUUUCGUAUAUGGGAAUUUACGAUGGUGUUUGUGUUUUAGCAAGUGCCGCAGUGGUGUCAGUUACAGGUGUUCUUAUUGACCACUAUAGUUUCAUUACAACUUGUUUGAUAAUGUUAUUUCUUUGUUUAAUAUCGGUGGGAAUGUUAUGGUGUUUACCAGAAACACAAUCUUUCAAUAUACAAACAGCUGAUAUCUCUUUUAAUAAUAAUUUCAAUAGUAAUAUCUCUGUGUGUAAUACAGAAUUUUAUUCAUCUAAUCAGUCAGAAUCAUAUAAGAAAAACUGGCUUUUGAAGUCAACCGAGAUGAUUAAUCUAGUUCGAAAUGCCAAUAUUAUCACAGUUUUAGUCUUAACAGUUUUGUUCUUGACAACAUUGACUACAUAUAAUGAAGGUCAAUAUACAUUUUUAUAUUUAAUGGGACCUCCAUUCAAUUGGUCUGUUGAUCAAUAUGGUUAUUUUAGUGGAUUAAAUUCUACUCUUCUGGGUUUAUUGUCGUUUGGAUUAACUUGGAUUACUACUCAUUGGAUGAAAGUUGUUAAACGGCAUCGGAUAUCUGAAGCAUCAGAACCUUUACUUACUAAUCAAUCAGUUUCCGGGUACAAUUCUAUUCAUGAAGUUGAUUCAGUUGAUCAUAAUAAUAACAGUAUUAGUAGUAGUUCAUUGAAUAUAAUUAUUCAAAAUGAAGUAUUGCGAGCACGUCGACGCAUGAUAAAGUAUGUAAUAUGUGGAAUGAUUGCAAUUGUAAUUAGUAAAUUGCUUAUGGGAUUAGCAUUUUUGUUUCCUUCACCUGGCCAUAAUAUUGCCGUAUUUGUUAGUCUAUUUGUAUCUAUCUUUCGAUCAGCUGUCGUACCGGUGCUCAAAUCAUUCACAUCAUCUCUAUAUACUUCCAAACUUCAAAGCAGCUUAUUUUCUGUGAUUGCACUAUCUGAAUACUUGAGUCUUCUUAUUGGUAUUGGUAGUUUACCGUAUAUUUAUGCAGCGACGGUAACAUUUUGUUCUGGUGCAGUGUUUUUUGUCUCAUCAGGAUUAGCUUUAGUUGCUUUUAUUCUACUUUUAUACAUUUCACGUUAUACUAAAAAAGAAAUAAAGAAUACUGAUUUCAAUCAAUCGAAUAUUAUCGAAAUAGUAGAUACUGUUAAUACUUAG